AUGCUCGACCGCGCCUGCCCGCUGUGCGAGGCGGGCUCGCCGGUGUUCUGCUUCUGGCCCGCCUCGGCGGGGCCCCCCGUAGGCCUGGGUGGCGCAGCGGGGGCGCCAGCGGCCGUGGAGCCCGCCGUGGAGGCUUCCAGCGUGGAGGAGUUGCUGGCGUGCGGGGAGCCCGGCGAGGAGGAGGAGGCGGCCGUUGCGGCUGAGGGCGGCGGCGGCGGCGGGCGGGCGGGCACCUGCGCGGUGGCGGAUCUGGGCGACGCCACUCCAGCGGAGGAUCCUGGCGCAGAGGGGACGUCGGCGGCCGCCGAGGAGGAGGCGGCCGCUCGGGGCAAGGCCAUCGGCGGGUGGGCGGAUACCAGUCUGGGCGUCGCCGGUCCUGCCGAGGACCCCGGCGCAGAGGCGCCGCUGGCGGCCAGGGCGGCGAGUGGGGAGGGGGAGGCCGCUCAGGGCAAGGGCAAGGGCGGCGGCGGCAGCGGCAAGGAGCCGAUGGGCAUCGAGCCGGGUGCCGCCGCUCCAGAGGAGGCUGUUGGCGCAGAGGGUGCGCUGGCGGGCGGGGAGCCCGCCGAGGAGGUUGCGGCGGCCAGCCAGGGCAGGGAUGUCGGCGGCGGCGGGGAGCGGCGGACGGACACCGACCUGUGCGCAGACGCUGCAGCGGAGGCUGCUAGCGCAGAGGGGGCGCUGGCGGCUGCAGCGCCCGGGGAGGAAGAGGCGGCCACUCAGGGCAGGGACGCUGGCGGCGGCGGAGAGCGGCGGACGGACAUCGACCUUGGCGCAGACGCUCCAGAGGCUGCUUGCGCAGAGGGGGCGCUGUCGGGCGGGGAGCCCGCCGAG